GUUUGGAAAAAGAAAAUCACCCCGUCUAACUUCGGACUGUGGCCGAGUCAGGAUUUUGACGACUGACGAACCUAAUCUGCUCACUCUAAUACUACGACCAUGCUCUCCUUUCUCAAUUCAUCAGAACCACCGUCCUUUUCUUCUCUCUCCUGCUCCCUUUCCCGUUUAACUUCGAUAUUCCCGGCCAUCGCCCCAGCCGCCGUUUCCUCAGUAGUUAAUUUCAAAGUCGAUCCUUUUCUUUCACGUGUCACCAUCCCCAGCCCCAGCACCAGCACCAGCAACACAAAAUCAAGUAAGUUUUCCUCAGAUAGUGCAGUUAACACUGCUUCUCCUGCCAAACACUUUCGGCCCAGGUUCAAAAAAUAUUCGAAUUUGGAUCCCACGUUCUCAGAUAGGGACGACAAUGGGAAUGAUGAGGAUUACUCUGACGCGUCAGACCCAGAAACGAUAUUUGAGAACGGUGUAAAUAUCAAAAUCGAGAAGCUGGGCAACAACUCUCGUAGAAUUUACUCGAGAAUUGGUAUUGACGCCCCCCUCCAGGCCGUGUGGAACAUCUUGACCGAUUAUGAGAGACUGGCAGAUUUCAUACCUGGACUUGCUCUCAGCCAAAUAGUUUAUAAGACUGACAACCAUGCCCGACUUUUUCAGGUUGGACAGCAAAACUUGGCAUUUGGUUUGAAAUUUAAUGCUAAAGGAACCAUUGAUUGUUAUGAGAAAGAUCUUGAAAGACUUCCUUUCGGUAAAAAGCGAGUUAUCAAAUUCAAGAUGAUCGAAGGAGACUUUGAACUCUUUGAGGGAGAAUGGUCAAUUGAGCAGUUUGAUAAAGAUAGAUGUCAAGAUGAUGAUAACUUGCAAGAACAAGAAACACAUACAACUCUAUACUAUAGUGUUGAUGUAAAGCCCAAACUUCUGUUGCCCGUUCGGCUCCUUGAGGGUAGGCUUUGUGAUGAGAUAAAGGUGAACCUAACGUGCAUUCGAGAAGAAGUACAUAAAGCCAAUUCAACCGCCUGCUAAUAGAUUUCUUCCCUCCGUUUAUAUAAUGUAAGCAUAGCCGCAAUGAAUUUGUAAGAGUUGAUGGUGUAGCUACCUUUGCCAAAUGAACUGAUCCAAAAAUUGACUGUUCUACAAUCAUAUACAACAAUUUUAAAGUUUCCUUUAGUCAAAUUAGUUCCAGCGCAAGUUCUUGCUAAAAGCUACACUGAAUUUGUUGAUGUCCAGCUCAAGCACUUGGAUAAAAUGCUCUCUUCAAUGUUAUACUUGUAAUUUGACUUCA